GAGAAAUCGUGCUUCCGAUUAUAUGUAUAAGUGGAAUUGCAUGUGCUUUCUAUUGUCUGUUAGAACUACUUAGAAUGCUACUUUUUGCGAUUAAAAGAGAUGAAGUGGCGUUAAGAAAUUGUUAUUGAAUUGUAGUUAACACCUGCUGUAAGAAGCUAUAAUGAGGACAAGUUGGGUAGGGCAGUUCAGAAGCAUAGCCAUCUGGUGAGGGAAGUGGACGCUAGGUUGUCCGUGCGUGGUGGUGAGUUUGGGAAAGGCCCAAAAGUUCAAAGAUGCGAGGUGACUUUGUAUACAAAGAAGCACGGUGUUGUUCGUGCAGAGGUUGAUGCAGAGUCGCUCCACGGGAGUAUUGACUUGGUGUCAUCAACUGUACGGAGAAAGCUGCGGAAGAUUAAGGACAAAGAUUCUGAUCAUGGUCGGCAUAUGAAAGGCUUCGACAGACAGAAGGUUGGGGAUCCAGGUGCACUAGCAGGACCAGAAGCGGGGGAGCCACUUUCUAUAGAAGAAGAAAAACAAGAGAAUGAUGAUGAAGGCUUCAUUGGUGAGAUUGUUCGCAAAAAGUACUUGGACAUGCCACCAUUGGCUGUAAAUGAAGCAAUCGAGCAGCUAGAAAAUGUGGAUCAUGACUUCUAUGGUUUUAGGAAUGAGGAAACUGGUGAAAUCAACAUUGUCUAUCGCAGAAGAGCUGGGGGCUAUGGCCUUAUUAUACCAAAGAGGAAUGGGGAAGUGGAGAAGUAUGAGGGUGUUUAGGCCGAGUCAAUCAAGAAAGCAUCCCAGGCUUCCUAGGCGUAUUGGGGGGAAAUGGGAAACCGAUGCGGAUGUGUUUUUUUGUACUUUUGGUAGAUUAGUGGAUAACAGUAAUGCUCUUCAGCAAAUUCUAAUUUUUCUUAUAGUUGGCAGACAUAUUUGACAAGAUUAAGACGAAGUAGAAGAAUGAAGAUGCUCAUAUUCAGUAUUUCUAGAAAAU